CGGCGCCGCGGCCAGCAGCGGCCAUGGGGGAGGUGUUCGUCAGGCACAUAGAGCUGCUGGGCUACGAGAAGAGGUUUUUCCCCAGCCAACAUUAUGUCUACAUGUUCCUGGUGAAGUGGAACGACCUCUCCGAAAAGCUCGUCUACCGCCGCUUCGCCGAGAUCUACGAGUUCCACAAAGCCCUGAAGGAGAUGUUCCCCAUCGAGUCCGGCGACAUCAACCCCGAGAACCGGAUCAUCCCUCACCUGCCCGCCCCCAAGUGGUUUGACGGCCAGCGGACGACGCAGAACCGGCAGGGCACGCUGGCCGAGUACUGCUACACCCUGGUGAACCUGCCGCACAAGAUCUCCCGGUGCCUGCACGUGGUGAACUUCUUCAAGGUCAGGCCUGAUGACAUGAGCCCCAUCACAGACAGCCAGAUCAAGAAGCCCGAGGUGUUCCUCCUGCCAAAGGACUCCAAGAAAAACCCUGCUGACAUCACAGGUCCCAUCGUCCUGCAAACGUACCGCGUGAUUGCUGACUACGAGAAAGGCUCUAAGUCCGAGAUGGCUCUAAAAGCUGGGGAGAUGGUGGAUGUCGUGGAGAAGAGCGAGAGUGGCUGGUGGUUUUGCCAGUUAAAGAAUAAGCGGGGCUGGGUGCCAGCUGCCUAUCUGGAGCCAAUGGAUGGUCCUGAUGAAUCUGAAGAGCAGGAGCCCAACUAUGCAGGUGAGCUCUACAUUGUCCAGAAAAGCUACACUGCCAUUGAGGAGGAUGAGCUGACUCUCAAAGAGGGUGAUACUAUAGAAGUCAUCCACAAGCUACUUGAUGGCUGGUGGGUCAUCAGGAAGGAUGAAGCCACAGGUUAUUUCCCUUCCAUGUACCUGCAGAAAUCUGGGGAGCAGAACAGCCCCGUGAGGAGUGAGCUGAGGAACCGAAGCGCCCCUCCUCGGAGAUCCACCAUCCGAAAUGCUAAAAGCAUCCACAAGCAGGGCCGGAAGCAGAUCAGCCAGGAGACCUACAGGCAGAACAGCAGGAAGUAUAUCAAGAGCAGGAGAAAUAUGAAGGACAAUUUCAAGGAGAAGGCCAACAUUAUUAUUGAGAAAGAUGAGCAGGAAGAAAACAGGUCGAAGGCUCAACCCGCUGUUCCUCCCCGGCCCAGCAAAGACCUCAUCAUGAAUCGCUGUACGGAGAGCACCAGGAGAAAGAUCAUGUGAGGCCCUCGGCCCCCCAACACCAAGCAAGCAGAGGCUUUCCCUCUGCCGGCUCCUGUGCAAAAAGAGACUCGGAGACUAGGCAACUCUGCCGGGGAGUCUGCACGGCUCUGAAAACAGCCACAAGCCGUGGGGAACCGCAAGCUCGGGAGCCCCACAGUAACUCAGCAGCGUUAACACGUCUGAGGUGCCCUCGAUGCAGCACGAGGAACCGCACGAGCACCGCUCCGCGGGCUCUUCUGGGGGCUGAGGAUCCCCAGAGCCUGCCGGAGAUAUUCUUAAUCAAUAGGCUCCUUUUCUUGUUGUUUUUAUCCCUCAUUUGUAUUUUGAACGAUUUUGCGGUGUUCGCCAAUUACCAGCUUUCUGCAGAAAGCGUUU